AUGAUUAAUUGCGAUACAUCGCCAAAACUAAAAGAAUCAAAACUUUUUCACGGCAAAUCGUUAACAUUUAUGAAAAUCGCGAUGAAUCAUCAAAAUUUACGCGAUUUCAAAAACAUGGGAGCUCUUCUAAGUAUUCAUGCGAAUGCCGAAUGGGCACAGGAUGGUGUGAUUGUUGCUGGAGGCUACGGGCAAGGUAACGGCACCAAUCAACUCUACUGGCCUUUUGGUCUCUUCGUUAAUGAUGAUCAAACAGUGGUCAUUGCUGACUACGGAAAUCAUCGUAUCAUGCAAUGGAAGAAAGAUAAUGCGAUGAAUGGACAAGUCGCUGCUGGUGGCAAAGGCCAAGGAAGUCGAUUGGAUCAAUUGAAUAUGCCAACUGAUGUCUUGAUUGACAAAGAGACGGAUAGUCUCAUUAUUUGCGAUUGGGGGAAUCGACGAGUUGUACAAUGGUCUCGCCGUAGUGGCACAACACAAGGAGCAAUCCUCAUGGACAGCAUCGAUUGUUGGGGAUUGGCGAUGGAUGAUCAGAGAUAUCUCUAUGUUUCUGAUGUCGAAAAACAUGAAGUAAUGCGAUAUCAACUGGGUGACAAGAAUGGGACUCUUGUGGCUGGUGGAAAUGGGAGAGGUAAUGGUCGCAAUCAACUCAAAUCGCCGACUUAUCUCUUUGUCGAUAGACAACAGAAUGUCUACGUCUCAGACAACGGAAAUCAUCGUGUAAUGAAAUGGAAUAAAGGUGCAAAAGAAGGCAUUGUCGUCGCUGGUGGUCAAAGCAAAGGGAACGCUCUGACACAAUUGGCUCAUCCUCAAGGGCUCUUCGUCGAUACGUUGGGUACACUCUAUGUGGCAGACCAGUUCAAUCAUCGUGUAAUGCGUUGGACUCAAGGAGCGAAAAACGUCACGGUCAUCAUGGGUGGAUAUGACUCAGACGCAACCGCGCUCAACAACCCUCGUGGUUUGUCAUUCGAUCGAUAUGGGAAUCUCUAUGUUGCCGAUGUGUGUAAUCAUCGUAUUCAACAAUUUUCUCUCCAAUAG